GAAGUACACAUUGAUAUUUUGCAAAUUUUACAUUUGUAACCAGUGAAAUUUAUGAUACUUUCUUGUUCUUGUUCUUGUUCUUCAUUAUCUUCUUUAUCUGCUCCUUCUGCUCUUUCUUUUUCUUCUUGUUUUUUUUGUUUUUUUUAUAAUUUAAAGGAAAAAAAAUAAUGUUAAAAGCCAAUUAUUUACUGAAUCUUAUUAUUCAAAGAAAUAAUCAAAUGAAAAAUGGUUAUCAUAUGAGUACAGCAUUAAAUAAAUUAGCACGAACACGCGUUGAAUUAAAUAAUGCUAAAAAAAUUAUUAUAAAAUUAGGUAGUGCCGUAGUAACAAAACCGGAUCGUAGCGGUUUAGCACUUGGUCGAUUAGCUGCUAUAGUAGAACAAAUUGCUGAAUUAUGUCAACAAGGUCGGCAAUGUCUUCUUGUUACUAGUGGAGCAAUAGCAUUAGGACGGCAUCAUCUUGAAACAGAUGAGAAAAAAAGUAGUCGAGGAGCUCGAGCAGCUAUUGGUAUGGCAGAGAUGGUUACAUUAUAUGAUCAUUUAUUUGAACAAUGUGAUCUUCGAACAGCUGCUAUGUUAUUGACACCUGUCGAUUUUGAUGAUGGUCAUCGACGAGCAUAUUGGCGUACAGCACUUCAAGAUUUAUUAAAUCAAGGGGUUGUACCAAUAAUUAAUACGAACGAUGCUGUUGCUUGGAAUAAAGAAAAUUCUGCUGGUACAACAUGCACAGAUACAGCCCUAACCCUUCAAGUACGUGACAAUGACAGUUUAGCUGCUCGUUUGGCAUGUGAAUUAAAAUCAGAUCUAUUGCUUUUAAUAUCUGAUGUAGAUGGUGUAUAUACUGCACCACCUGGUAGUCCUGGUGCUCGAUUUGUGGCCGAGUAUGAAGUAACGAAAAAUCCAGAAUAUGAUACUCACUCACCAUUAGUCAAUGGUGAAUUCCUGAAUUUUGGUGAAGCAUCUUCUGUCGGUACUGGGGGUAUGAAAAGUAAAAUUGCAUCAGCAGUUUGGGCUGUCAGACAAGGAACUUCAGUUGUCAUAAUCAGAGGUAGCAGAUUUAAUUGUAUUACUGAUGUCAUGAAUGGCAUGGAUGUUGGCACAUUUUUCACAUUAGAAGAAAAAAAUGAAGCGGAAAAUCAGCUUGAUAUUCGAGAAGAAACAAUUAAACAAAUUGCCAUGAAAGCUCGUGAAGCCAGUAUACUACUGAACUCCUCUACACCUGAAGCUAGAGCAAAUGCAAUUGAUCAUUUAGCUGAUAAGCUUUUAAAACAUGAAGAUGAAAUUAUUCGUGAAAAUGAAAUUGAUAUAAAACAAGCUGAAGCAGCUGGUAUUUCAUCUAUCCUGUUGGCUAGACUGCAAUUAAGUCAUUCAAAGAUAAAAACAUUAAGUGAAGGACUUAGACAAAUUGCCACUGAAUCACGUAAACGACAUGGCCAUGUUAAUUGUGUAUUGUCUCGUACUAAAUUAGCAGACAAUUUAAUUUUGGAGAAAGUUACUGCACCUAUCGGUGUAUUAAUGGUGAUAUUUGAAUCGAGACCAGAUUGCUUACCACAGGUUGCUGCGCUUUCAAUCGCUACAGCCAAUGGUCUAUUAGCAAAACCCGGAUCUGAAGCCUUACAUACUGUUCGAGUACUUCAUAGACUUGUCGGUGAAGCUUUAGAAAUGGUCAAUCUACCAUCUGAAGCUGUUGGUCUACUUGAAGGACGCAAAGAUGUGGAUUAUGUUUUACAGGGUAUAGAUAAACAAUCUUUUGUUGAUUUAGUCAUUCCAAGAGGUAGUUCAAAAAUGAUUGAAAGUAUUCGUAAUGCAGCAAAUAAAGCCGGUACUGGUGUACCUGUCAUGGGUCAUGGGUCUGGUAUCUGUCACGUUUAUGUUGAUUCGGCAGCUGAUCCUGAAAAAGCUAUAAAAAUAGUUAUUGACUCAAAAUGUGAUUAUCCAUCAGCUUGCAAUGCAAUGGAAACUUUACUUGUGCAUAAAUCACAUGCUGAAUCAGGCUUAUUGGAAAGGUUAUGUAAUCAUUUACGAGAUCAUAAAGUGAAACUGUAUGCUGGACCAGGUAUGAUACGUUUAGGUCAAAAUUUAACAGAUGAAAUGAAACCAGCAAAGAAUUUAUCAUAUGAAUAUGGUGAUCUAGAAUGUACUGUAGAAUUAGUAGAAAGCGUAGAUGAAGCUAUCGAGUAUAUUGGAUCGUAUGGAAGUGCGCAUACUGAAUCGAUUGUAACGGAAGACAGUAAGAUAAGCAAUUUCACUUCAUACCCUAUGAAAUUGUAUGAGUUAAAAUAAUCUAUCCAAAACAUUAGUAUAUAUCGAAAGUAAACAUUUUAACCGUUUAAAAAUAGUCGACCAAUUUAACUUUGUUGUAUUAUACUGAUAUCUUUGACUGAUAAUGAUAAGACUUGUAAAUGUCUUGAACAAUCUGAAAUGAGUGAUACCCUGUUCAUGAAAAUAUUUUGUCUCGAAAAGUAACCCAGAUGGUUAAAAUCUAUACACUUCUGUGAUAGCUUAAAGUCAGAGAGGAAUACUUAGUCUUAUAAAGAUUAAUUUUUGAACGGUUCAGCUAAUUUUUUAGUUGUAAUGUAACUGAUUUGAUUUUUUGCGCUUUUCUUUUUUGCAAUGUAUCAGUUAAGGAGUCCAAUAUGAUUUUCGAACUAACCAGAAAAAACCCAUUUAAAUCCAUCUUGUGUGCUGUUUAGUGCGUUUAGAUCUUUCUUGAGCACACAAGUCGAGUUAAUAUAUCGUGUUAAAUAGCUUCCUGAUCGUUAUACUUCCGCAGUUUGAAAAAGUAAGGAUCCUAACAUUCAACUGUAUCCUAGGUUUAUUUUACUUGGAAAUUACUGACUAGUCAGUUAAUUGAUUGGUUGUAACAGUGAAUGAUAUGAAUCCAAAUACUCGGAAGAACUAAGUUUCUUCAAAAUCGCAUUUAAUAUUUGUCAUUAAACAGAAAAUUUAGAAUUCUGCUUUAUUUAGCAAGCGACUACACAAGUAAGAUAAAUAUUUAAUUGGGUUUGUUUCAACUUGUCAAACUGAUGAUAUGAAGAAAGGACAGUAUUACCACAGGUUUCCUUUCGAGCUUAUUGACUAAAGAUAGUGUUUUCAUUAGAUAACGUAGAAGUGACCAAAAAGAUUAUAUGAGUUGUAAUGAUAAAUAAUUCAUAGAAUAUUCAGUAUUUACUGACAGUCAAAUACGGUAAUACUUUCGUAUUAUGAAUUAAAUCUACAAUUCAGGGGCUUAUUUUAUAGUAUGACUGAUGGACAAUCUCUAAUAUGAGUGGCAUUUGAUCCUAAUUGGAAGAACAAAAUUCAUCGACUUAAUAUUACCUAUGGGAUUCGUUAAACACUAUCUACAACCAUAUCCGUGGUUUCCAAAAAAGUCAUCGAUUAAUAGUAUACUACUAGAAGUUAGUCAAUAUAUUAAGUGUGAGAAAGUCUUUGAAAGUUUGUAAGUUCAUGUUUCACUUUACUUGGUACUCAUUAGAUAAGUUCAUAUGGAUUCCUGAAGAAUCUGGUUUUCGUCCUGAGAUGUAUUCUGUCUCACUUGAUGUCAGAGUCAGAAAUAACAGCUCGAAGAGAUUUGACUAACGACCAAAUUGUAACAAAUCUUAGAAAUUUACAUACACUGAUCAUAGUAUCUAGUCUUUAAUACCAAUAUAAUUUAACUAAUCAGCAUAAUCAGUGAUCCCUUCUCUGUUUAAUUCAAGAUUAAAACCCAUUUUACUGCAUAUUUAACAGUUGAUUGCAGUUAAUAACAUGUUGUUACAAGCAGAUGGAUAGCUUUUAGAAGAGUUUAUCAAGGAUGUUGGUUAGUAGAUUUGUUUGAAAUAUCUCAAAGUUAAGGGUAUCUGAUCUCUACUUAACACUUUAGAGAGAUUAAUAUGUGAACAAUAAUAGUCAUGCAAUUCAUUUUAAAAGAAAACUGCUAAAUACACAAAGUAAUAAUAAUCUUCUGAUGAGAACAAGAGUGUAACACUUUUAUCGAUUAAGUUGUUUGAAUAUUGUUGAGGAAGGUCUACUAAAGCUUCUAAAACGGUAAGAUAUUAGAUGAUGACCUGUACUUAUUUGAAAUCUUUGAACCAAACAAAUGAAGCCAUAUCUAUCUAAGACAAACGAUAGAAUAAUAAUCUCUGAAAAUCACCGUUAUCCGCUACGUUAAAACUCUGACCACACUUUAUUUAUAUAAAAAUACCUAAUGUAAAAUACUGACUAUAGUCGUUUCACGUGGUGGAUGUAACUGUCUAUACAAGCUGUGACAGAGAGCACAUCAUUGAUAACUUUUUAACUAAAUGAAAUAUAUGUUUACUACUCUAUAGGUUUAAAAAUAAUCUAUAUUAUUGAUGCAGACGUAUUUCGCAUUGAUUUUACACCUGAUUGUUAGUUACAUUCAUGUUAGUUUAAUAACCUGAUUCAUAAGUUCCACUAUUUCUCGCCCAAGUAAUUGAAUACACCUAAAUAAAUCCAAAUAAAGAUUUUAGCAAAAUGCCUGUAAGCCACGGUUAUUCUAUAUGAGUUGAAAUUGCUAGAUGAAAUUGACGUCUUUAGUGAGUUAGAACUAAUGACUGGAAGUCUGCAAAACAUUUAUUCAUAAUGGAAUUGUAUUCUUAGUAUUGUGAUAUUAGAUAUAUCUGAAAGGUUAUCUUUACAUAUCAAUGCUUUUAUUCAUAAUGUUUAACCUUUGAUAAACUCACAUUUUGACCUAAAAUAAAUUUUAGUUCAACGUUUUUAAAUAAUUGCAUACGUGAAUUAUUCC